AUGCAAGCCCAAAUCGAUGCCUUAAAGCAGCAGAUGAAGGAGAUGCAGACGAAGAAAGAGCAGUUGUGCGAGAUAUGCACAGGGAAGCAUGACACAGCCGUGUGUCCUAUUGCCCCUGAGGAGUCACCAGAGCAGGUGGAGUUCGUGGGAAAUCGGAAUCAAGGAAAUUUCGGGAAGCGCUACAAUUCGAACUGGAAGAACCACCCGAAUUUCAGCUGGAAGAACAACAACCCACCGGGGUUUCAGCCACGUCAGAGCUUGUUUCAGGACGCAGGAGCAGGAGCAGGGGCGAGUUCGGGUACGAAAAACCCGACGAUAGAGGAGAUGCUGAGGCAAAACCAGGAUACAUUAGCUAAGCAGACGCAGUUGCUCACACAGUUCAUCACGCGAGAGGAUACUCGACAUCAGGAGACACAGUCGAGGUUCAUGGAGCACGAGACCUUCAUGAAGAGUCAGAGCACUGCACUACAGAACCUGGAGAGGACAGUGGGUUCGCUGGCCGAUCAGCUGAACCAGAGGCCUCAAGGUGGUCUCCCUAGUAGCACUGUUGGGAAUCCGAACGCCACCGCGAACGCUGUUACCACUAGGAGCGGACGAGGGGCUGUUGAGGUCGAGCCGGUAGUCGAUGAGGACCCGGAGGUCGACGAGGAGAUUGAGAUGGAGACACCUGCUGGCAGAGUGCACCCUAGGCUGCGCCCAGCAAGUACAGCACAGUCCAGCGGGUCUCCAGGAGAGGAGAAGGAGUUAGAGAAGGAGCCGACGAGGAUGUACAAGCCGACACCCCCUUACCCUGGUAGGUUAGUGAGGGGUAAGGACGCAGAGCAGUAUGGUCGUUUCAUGGAGAUGUUGAAGAAGCUGCAUGUGAACAUUCCGUUCGUCGAGGCUUUGGCGAAGAUGCCAAAGUAUGCGAAGUUUUUGAAGGAUCUUCUUACGAAUAAGAAGAAAUUAGAGGAUCUGUCGACUGUUACCCUGAGCGAGGAGUGUUCUGCUGUCCUACAGAACAAGUUGCCGAAGAAAGUGUCUGAUCCUGGUAGCUUUACCAUCCCAUGUCUGAUUGGGAAUCUUGCUGUCAGCAAUGCGCUUGCUGACCUAGGUGCUAGCAUAAAUCUCAUGCCCUAUUCCAUUUUCGCUAAGCUUGACCUAGGAGAGCCUUCCCCUACGCGCAUGAGUAUUCAGCUCGCCGAUCGAUCGGUGAAGUUUCCUAGGGGUAUCGUGGAGAAUAUGCUAGUGAAGGUCGAUAAAUUCGUGUUCCCAGUUGACUUUGUCAUCCUCGACAUGGACGAGGACUCUGAGGUCCCACUGAUUUUAGGUCGUCCAUUCCUUGCCACAGCACGAGCACUCAUUGACGUGCACGACGGCAAGUUGACUCUUCGAGUGGAUGAGGAUGAGGUCACAUUCGACAUUCAGCGUUCUAUGAGGCACACCGGCCAGCAUGAUGACACUCUAUACUUUAUCGAUACUCUUAUGUCCCAUGUGGGUGGCCUUCUCAACGAGAUUUGUGGGAGGGAUGCGUCUGAUACGCAUGAUACUAGUAUGGAUGAUCAGGGGAGUGAGGUCACUGAGUUAGAUGUUGAGCAGGACCCUUUGUUGCAGGCUACCGAGCCUUCCCCUAGAUUCGAGGUGUUUGAGGUCAUCGAGGAGGAGGAGAUUCCGAAGGAGAGACCGUCUGUUGAGGCACCCCCGCCCCUGGAGUUGAAGGAGUUGCCGUCUCAUCUGGAGUACGCAUUCUUGGGCGAGGGAUCGCAGUUACCCGUCAUCAUUUCUGCUGGAUUGACGGAGGAGGAGAAGAAGAAACUGAUGAGUGUUUUGAGAAAGAAUAGGCAGGCUAUUGCGUGGAAGCUGAUGGACAUCAAGGGUAUUAACCCUUCGUUUUGCACGCACAGGAUUUUGAUGGAGGAGGAGUUCAAGCCGGUGGUUCAGCCUCAGAGAAGGCUAAACCCUAAUAUGCAGGAUGUUGUGAAGAAAGAGGUGAUUAAGUUGCUGGAUGCAGGACUGAUUUACCCGAUUUCGGACUCUGCAUGGGUGAGUCCCGUCCAGGUGGUCCCCAAGAAGGGGGGGUAUGACAGUGGUCGUCAACGAUAG